AUGUCGGAUUCAGAAAACGAAUACAAGUCUAAUGAUAAGAUUUUGAAAGCUUGCAUAGUUCGUCGCGGAACCCUUAAAGAGUUGCAGGAACGAGUAGAUGCACUUAUUCCGAUUUGUCAGGAGUUUGAUAAAAUUCAAGACCGAAUUAUUGAAUGUGAUAAGAAGGUUGAUUUGUCCGAACAGGAGGACGAGCGUGCUAAUUUUGAAUCGCGAUAUUUUGAUCUCAUGGCCAGAAGCAAGGCCAUUUUGCAAGAAUUUUAUAGAGCCCAAAAUCAAAAAGAUGCAGCUGCAGCAGCAGCAGCCAAUGUUGCCACUGUUGCAGCCGCACAAAUGUGCGAAAACUUUCCAAAGUCAGAAGAGGAGGCUACAGAAACUGGAAACACUAGACCACACCUGGAAAAGACAACUUGCGAACAAGGUACACAGACAGGGGAAUUCACGCUACAAGGCUCGGACACAUAUCAGAAAUGGGAAAUAGUGGAAAAAGAAAGUUGGCCUGAACACACAUUCCAAAAUACGGAAGUAAUUAUAGGAAAUCCACUGAACACAGACCUAGGCACCAUAAAGGUGGUACUUACAGAAAAAGAAGAUCCCAACAUGGAGAGAGCCUGUAUGGCUCUAUAUAAGUCGAGAUUUCCUGGAAUCGAAAACUUCACUGAGGAAUAUGAAGAACUGGAGCAAACAACAAAGGCCAAAAUCAACGGAGAAAUGAGCACAACCACACAGAAGGUCAUCAAGAUCAAUACAGGUAUCAAUGGAGAGGACCUGUGGAAAAUGCUGUCGAGGUUGAAAAAAUCCAGGCACGCUAGCGAUGGCGACAAACCACAUAGAGAAUAUGACACUAAAACAGCUUCAAAAGAUAGAAGAAAUGAGGAAGAACACUACACAUUAACCCCUGGUAUCAAAAGACCCGAGCGACAAACAUAUGCCCUGAUUGUGGAAGAAAAAGGCAGGGACAUGAAAGACCUGAUGAGAGAUGUUAAAGACAAAAUUACUCAAUUGGAAGGCAAAGACAAGAUCCUGGGACUCAGAAACACCAAAUAA